AUCUCUGCUCUGUACUUUUCACUUGCGUUCCAAAAUCCUACCCUUUACUGCUCUUUCUCUCUCCUCUGUUCUACUCCUUCUUCCCCUUGUUCUCUUUCAAUCCCCCCAACAGAUCUCUCCCUUUCUCUCUUUGUCAAGUUUCAGAUCAGUCCAAAGCAGAUGGCAAUCCAGGAAGCAAGUCCUGCCUCUCCACCCAGUGCCCAAGUUGUUGGCAUUGCCUUCGUGGAACAGUAUUACCAUAUUCUUCACCAUUCUCCAGAAUUGGUGCAUAGAUUUUAUCUAGAUUCAAGUUCUGUUAGCCGGCCAGACAAGAAUGGUGUUAUGACGGCAGUGACCUCCUUGCAGGCAAUAAAUGAAAAGAUUCUUUCUUUGAAUUAUGAAGAUUAUACUGCAGAAAUAAAAAGUGCAGAUGCUCAGGAGUCUUAUAAGAAGGGAGUGAUUGUUCUGGUAACUGGAUGCUUGACAGGAAAGGACAACGUGAGAAAGAAAUUCACGCAAACAUUCUUUCUUGCUCCGCAAGACAAAGGCUACUAUGUCUUAAAUGAUGUUUUUAGGUUUGUCGAGGAGUGUGAAACAUUGCCCAUCAACUCUGUCCCAGUUAAUGGCAUGAAUGAAAGUGCUCAAGAAGAUUCUUUAACUGUAGAACCAGAACCUACUCAAGCCCAUGCCCCUGAGCACCUGGUUGUGGAUGCUGAGGCACCCUAUGAGGAAGAUCUUGAUAAUGGUGCAGAAGUUUGUGAUCCUUCGGAUGAUGAGGAAGGAUCUGUAAUUGCGGAAGAAGUUGUUGAACCCCCUACAUAUUCCAGUGAAAACAAAAGCCUUGCAGUCGAUUCAGCUUCUAAAGCCCAGGAGGAUGUUCCAAAGAAAUCAUAUGCAUCAAUUUUGAAGGUAGCGAAAGGUAAUACCACAUUAAAUUCUGUCUAUGUUCCUGCCCGAACUGUGAGGACAAUGCCUGCAAACUCCGAUCAACAAUCCCUUGGUUCUGCAAAACCUUCUCCUGCACAAGAGCCAUCAGUUCCUAGCGGUAGCAAUGCUCCUGAAAGUGACAAUGCAAAUGAGGAAGCUGAAGGUCACUCCAUAUAUGUUCGGAAUUUGCCAUAUGACGCAACAGUUGAACAACUAGAGGAAGAGUUUAAGAAAUUUGGGCCUAUUAAGCGAGAUGGCAUCCAAGUUAGAAGUAGUAAGCAGGGAUUCUGUUUUGGCUUUGUUGAAUUUCAAAGUUUAAGUUCCAUGCAAAGUGCGCUUGAGGCCUCACCAAUUAUGAUCGGUGAUCGUCAAGCAGUUGUCGAGGAAAAGAGAACCACCACAAGAGUUAGUGGCAGUGGGAGAGGGAGGUAUUCUUCUGGUAGAUCUGGGUUCCGGAGUGACAGUUUCAGGGGUGGUCGUGGGAACUUCAGCAGUAACCGCAGUUUUGGAAGGAAUGAAUUCAGAAACCAGGGUGAAUUUUCAGGGCGAUCUAGAGGUUCGGGAGGACGCAGUGGAGAGGGUUAUCAGCGGGUUACUCAAAAUGGAAGGGGAGGACGCCAAGGGGGUGGCAGUGGCAGUGGCGGUGGCGGUGGAAACCGCAAUUCUGUUCCUGCCUGAGUGUUAGUGAAGCAAGGCGGUGGAUAGACAAUUUUUUUGAGAGCAGAAAUGAGGGUUUUUUUUUUUUUUUUUUUUUUUUUUUUUUUUUUUUUUUUUCCUCGUUUACCCCCUUUCCUAGUUGAUAAAUGUGAGGCAUUAUGAUUAAGGUUUUUGUUUUUUCUAUAAUUGCAACUAAUGAGGAUGAGAAAAUUAUGUCUGUUUUUUUUUUUUUUUGUUUCUCAUUUAUAUUUGAUCCACUUUUGGCUUGUCAUGGAGAAGAAAAAGCAAGCAACAUUGCAAUGUAUUAUUCCACAAAAUAUUAUGUUUACACAAUCCAAUAUUACCUGAUUGGAUUUAGAGGGGUUUUUAAUAUUAUUAUUGUUAGUAUUGUAUUAUUUAGUAUA